AUGGUAGUCGUUGACCGGUUAACAAAGAUGCGACAUCUCCUGCCCUGUAAUACAACUGUCAACUCCGAAGACGUCGCCCAACUAUACCUGCGAAACAUAUGGAAGCUCCACGGGCUACCCACACAUGUCACCUCCGACCGCGGUACGCAAUUUACAGCCAAGUUUUGGAAGGCUCUUUCUAAACACCUCGACAUCGAAGCAAGGAUGUCUACCGCCUUCCACCCGGAGACCGACGGCCAAACCGAAAGGCUGAAUGCUGUAAUGGAGCAAUAUCUACGUGGGUAUGUCUCUUAUCAACAGGACGAUUGGGUAAAAUGGUUCCCCAUGGCAGAGUUCUCCGCCAACAACCAGGUCUCCGCAUCCACUAAAGCUACACCAUUCUUCGCGAACUAUGGAUUCCAUCCCCGGUUCACAGUGACGAUUAAAUCGCUUGACAGGACCCCACCGAGUCUCAAUGCUGAAGACUUCGCCUCGAAGAUGAAAGAACUCCAUGAAUACCUACGUUCCAACAUCUGCACAGCGCAAGAUCAACAAGAGCAGGCCGUCAACACCAAACGAAUGCCGGCUCUACGGUACGAUAUCGGCGAUAUGGUGUUUGUUUCAGCAAAAAACAUCCGAACCACGCGUAACUCCCGGAAGCUGGACUGGAAGAAACUGGGACCAUUCCCCGUUAAAGAAAUUAUAUCGCCAUAUGCAUAUCGAGUCGACCUGCCUAGGAGUAUGAAGAUGCACCCUGUCUUCCAUGUAUCAUUGUUAGACCCCGCUGCAAACGAUCCUAUACCGGGGCAAAUUCAACCACCACCCCUACCUAUUAUCGUCGAGCAGGAGGAGGAGUAUGCAGUUGAGGAAAUCUUGGACUCGCGAGAAACACGGAAUGGUGGCCUGCAAUAUUUUGUUAAAUGGACAGGCUAUACCGACCCUACCUGGGAACCCGCCGCAUACCACGAUAAUACCGCCGCCGUUGAUGUCUUCCAUACACGUUACCCCGACAAACCUGGGCCGUUGGAGGGCAAGGUUAAGGUUAAGGCUCGCAGGAGCUCGCGCUUGAAGGGAGGGGCUACUUUCAUGGAUUGA